GCUUAGACAUAAUGUCCACAUGUGUUUCGUUUACAUUUUUUUAAACACAGUUUACAAACAUUUCAAACACCAGCCAGAACGCAGGGGGCUGCUGUUAUCUAAGGUUUUGAUUAUGGCCAACAGUAAAUUCGAGUAUGUUCGUCAGUUUGAAGAAGUCGACAAGUUGCUUCCCAACACAUGGAUUGUCAUGAGACUAGAUGGAAGAGGUUUUCACAAAUUUGCAGACACACAUGGCUUCCGUAAACCAAACGACACAAGAGGAUUGUCCCUCAUGAACUUCUGCGCUGAGUGCGUGAUGGAAGAGUUUAAGGAUGUCGUACUUGCCUAUGGGCAGAGCGAUGAAUACAGCUUUGUGUUCAAGAGAGAGACAACACAGUUUAGCAGAAGGGCGAGUAAACUAAUGACCAACAUGGUGUCUCUCUUCUCAUCAUCCUUUGUGUUCCAUUGGAGGAAAUAUUUCCCCGAUCGGCAGCUUCUCUACCCCCCAGCCUUUGAUGGUCGGAUCGUCCUGUACCCAAGCAACCGAAACCUCAGAGACUACCUCAGCUGGAGGCAGGCAGACUGCCACAUCAAUAACUUGUACAACACAUGCUUCUGGAAGUUGGUCAAUGACGGCGGACUGACAAAGAAACAAGGAGAGGAGAGACUAAGGGGAACUUUCUCAAGUGAUAAGAAUGAACUGCUGUUCUCAGAGUUUGGAAUCAACUACAACAAUGAGCCGGAGUUGUACCGCAAAGGAAGUGUUCAGAUAUGGCAACCAACGACGGAGGUAACGGUGAAACAGUGCAAGAGCAAAGAGUCUGAGGAGAUGCUAAGGCGAGAGGUGGUUCGGACGAGGAGGAAAGUUACGCUCUUUCACACGGACAUCAUCGGUGACACCUUCUGGACAGAACAUCCUGAAAUAUUAGGAGCUUCCUGCAGUUGACAUCUGUUAACUUAGGGUUUUUUUCUAUUCAAUUAGGUUUUUAAUUCCUUGGGUUGGUUAACUCCGAAGAAAAUUCCUUGCCCUUUGUAUUGUAUUCCUUGUAUUUUGUGGACUUUUUUUAGCUUUUGGGGUGAUCGUUUUCCUUUGAAAAUAUUCCAAAGGUCGUGGGUUUGAAUGCACUCGAGUAAGAUGCAGGCAAACAACUGUAGCUUCACUCAAAAAUACGAAAUUACAAAAAAAAAUUGAACGGUAAAACUGACUAAAUAAAGAGGAAAUCAGCUGAUCUGAAGAA